AUGCCUCGCAAACGGACCACCGCGGAAGAAGGAGAUACUGGAUUGCAGCCUCUGAGCAAGCCAGACCUAGAACGGGCGAGCAAGCGAUCGAAAUCUGACCUCAGGGCUAGCAUGCAGAGGCAGAGGUGGAGGAGGGACGGCCUGGACCAAUUCCUCCCCUAUCCGAUCCAUCAGGUCAAUCGCCUCCUGGAGCCCGGGCCUGUCGUACUCGUGACUACGGGGUCCCUGGCCAACCGGACGCACAACAUCAUGACCAUGGGGUUCCACAUGAUGAUUCAGCACGAAGAGCCAACGCUGAUCGGGGCCUGCAUUGGCCCGUGGGACAAGAGCUACGAUACCUUGAAGAAGACGGGCGAGUGUGUGCUUGCCAUUCCCGCGGUGGAGAUGUUGGAGAAGGCCGUUGACAUUGGAAACUGCAGUGGCGAGGAUGUCGAUAAGUGGGAGACAUUCGGGAUCAACCCUGUCCCAGCACCGGAGUAUGUUUCAGAUUCUGGGUCCGCAGAGGAGGAAGAGGGAAAGGGGGAAGAGGAGGAAAGGGCACAGACACGGGCACCAUUGGUUGGAGGGGAGGACGUUGUGGCUAAUAUCCAGUGUGUGGUGCAGGAUCGAGCGUUGGUGGCGAAGUACAACCUGUGGGUGCUGAGGGUGGUUGGAGCAUGGGUGAAUAGGGAUAUGGAUUUAGAAUAUGGCCAGGGGAGUAAGAACGCAGGAGACGAGAAGAACUCUGUUGGUGGCAGAGAGCUAGGGGUGAGGGAAAUGAAGAUGGCUCACCAUCGCGGGGAUGGCAGAUUCGUGGUGGACGGAAAGGAGGUGGAUCUGAGGGCCAGAAUGGUCAAGUGGAAGGAGUUUCAGGAUUAG